AUGGAAAGGAAGAUUAAUUCAUUUCGUGCAAGUCAUAGAAGAAUACCACGUAUUGAUCGAAAUGUUGUAAAAAAUUUAUCAUCUCGUACAUUGUCACAAGAUGAAACUGAAUGUCUUGCCCAUGAAUUGGAUUAUGGUCUUGUUCCUAAAAAUAUUGAUGAUAUGAAUAUUGUUAGUAACGUUGAAAAUUUCUUUCAGCGAGUAACUGAUAUUUCUCAACAUCAUAGAAAGAUGAUGUCAGAAGUCAGUGAUAAAGAAACAGUUGAUGGUUCUAAUGUUCGUAUUCUCGAUUCAAAAGAAAUGACUUUGGCAAGCAAUUUUCGUUCUAUAACUGAUUCAUUUCGUCAUCGCGCUUAUCGCUUUGCAAAGUUACAGAAUAGAAUUAAUACUGAGCAUCAAAGAUAUCGUCGUUUAUUACAGAACUUGAAGAACGAUAAAUCGAUUGUUGUUACUCGUCCAGAUAAAGGGAGAGGUGUUGUCUUGUUAGAUAAAGUAGAUUAUUUGUCGAAAAUGCAUAGUUUACUCAACGAUACAGCUAAAUUUUCAUUUUUAUCACAUGAUCCAACAAUUACUAGAGAAACGAAAUUAAUUAAAUUGUUGAACCGAUUACUUGAUGCAGGUAGUAUUUCUAAAGAUUUCUAUAGUUUGGCGAAGCCGUUUGGUUCUAUUCCUGGUCGUCUUUAUGGAUUGCCGAAAGUACACAAGGAAGAUGUUCCACUUCGACCGGUUGUUUCCGCUAUUAAAACAUUUAACUAUGGUCUGGGAAAAGUUCUGUCACAGUUAUUAUCACAAUUCCUGGUGAAAAAAAAUAUGAUUCGCGAUUCGUUUUCUUUUGUUAACCAAUUACUUGCACUACCAAAGUAUAUGUCUCGCUACAAAAUGGUAUCUUUUGACAUUGCGAGUCUCUAUACAAAUGUACCACUUACUGAAACAAUUGAUAUAAUCCUCAAACACUUAUAUGAUGGUCAUGCUAAACCUCCAGCAAUUGGUCGAGCAGAUAUGAAGGAACUACUUGAUUUAGCAACAGAAAAAUCUCAUUUUCUCUUUAAUGGACAAUUAUAUGAUCAGAUCGAUGGGGUUUCAAUGGGAUCUCCCUUAGCUCCACUUUUCGCUGAAAUUUUUCUGCAGAACUUCGAGAAAAAAUAUUUAUCACGUCAACUUAACCUUGUAUACAAUCCUACUACUCCUAUAUCAGCAAAAUCACCCACUACUGAUACUGUUGUACUUCGUGUGCCUUAUUUCGGAAAGUUGAGUCAAAUGUACGCAGAACGUAUUAUUUCUGCUACUAAUAAGAAUUAUCCACUUAAACAUAUAAGACUUGUAUAUGACGUGAAAGAACGCCUAGGACGUGGUUUUCUCUUGAAAGAUAAGAUACCCAAUCAAAUGGAAGCAGGGGUUGUUUAUCAAGCCACGUGUCCACAAUGUGAAGUUCGUUACAUCGGUAAAACUUUUCGUCAUUUCAAAACACGUGUACAUGAACAUCUAAACUAUCAAAAGCAACAUUUAUGUUUAAAAAAAAUUGAGAAAUCGAAGCAUACCGUAAAACGACCAAGAUCAACCAUUAAAGCACAUAUGGAACGUAAAGGACCGACAACCAGGUCACAAACUGGGAAAAUACCAAACAUAAUACUUCAAUCCAUUCAAGAAAAUAUCGAAAACUCGUGA